AUGAAAAUUUCGAUGAAGCUCUUGAUCCUCUCAAUUUACCUUCUCAACUUCCCAAAUCCAAAUCUUUGCUUGGAAGAAGAAGAGCACAAUAAUCUAUUCCUGGGUUUGGCAAAUCAACAUUUUCAAAACAUCAGCAACUCAAUUUCCGACAAAAAUUUAGAAAAAUGGCGUGAAAACAUUGCCGAGGAUAUAAAUAUUGAAGUUUGCAAUUUCUCGACAAAAAAUUUCAAUUUUAAAAGAGACACUAUUCUCAUGGCAUUUUUAGAGAUUGAAAAAAACGGAACUUUUUUGGAUGAAAAUGAAGAUGUUAUUGUUAAAUCCGCGUUUGUUAAUGGAAAUAUUUUGGAUUAUUAUAUUGGAAAUCGCGAAGAAAACAAGCCACGUUUGGAAAUUCAGGCUAGAAGAAAUCCGGACAAAAAUGUGCAAUACGAGGCGUUUUCUAUUAAAUUAUUUGCGUUUGGCGAUUUUUGCAAGGAUUUUCCAAAACUUCCGAUUUAA